AUGUCACAUGAUGAAAAAAACUUGAAAACCGUCGUGGAAUCUCGGAAUUCCUGCUAUGUUUUCAAUUCCCCCUUUUUGCCGCAGGAUACGUUCUACCAUUUCUUGGCGGUGGUGUUCUACUUGAGCGCGUCGGUGAUCUUGGCGUAUAUCACCGUGCUGAAAGGCUGGGGAAUCACCAUCAACUCGGGCGGCACUGUGUCGCUUGUGCCCCUCAUCCGAGAAGGCCUCAAGAUCUACAGGCUGGAUAUCGCCGCUGUGGUGAUGUCAUACUUGGCCACGCUCCUCUACUUCCUGCAUGCCAUCUUCUCCGCCAUCCGCUGGCAGAGAGCCUAAAGGGGAACCCCAAAAAUGUCACUGGCCUCAUCCUGAACACAGAACCACUUAUUCAUACUUUCAUUAUUAUUAUUAUUAUUAUUAUUAAUAUAUUUUUAAAAUAUAAGCUGUGACAAACAAGUUACAAAAGUCACAUGACUGAAUGAGCGGUAAACAAACUAAAUGUCACAUGUGUGAGGUCCUACUAAUCAAAUAAGCAAAUAUUAUUACAUUAUAAAAUAUUUGGCAUCCGAAAAGCAUAAUUAAUUUUUUUCAUUUCCCCCCCCCCCACACACACACACACUUUUAUAACACAAAAAUCUAAUAACGUUUUACAACAAAAGUUUGUUGUGGAAAUAAAAAUUUAAGUCGUCGUCAUUUUAAAUUUUUUGGACAAUUUAAAUAUGGAAGUUUUUAUUAAAUGAAAAAAAGGAUGAGAAAAACAAACAAACAAAUUAGGAUGAAAAAAACUUGAAAACAAUCUGGGGAUUUAGCAUUUUUAGCAUUGCACAUCUGUCAUAUUUAUACAGUUUAUGAAAUCAACUCUAUAGUUUAAAGAUAAUUAAAAUAUUAUUUUUCUUUCUUUUCAACAUGCAGACAUCAACAAAAAAAAUGAAUAUCCAAAAAUUCCUCAAAUGCUCCAAAUUUGGCUUAUAUUUUGCAUUUUUAGCAGUGUACAGUCGCACUGUACUAAGUUAAAUAAUUCUUUUGUGUAGGACUUCUGUAUUUUUUCAAAAAUAAUACAAAUGAAGAAAAAUCAACACUCUUAAAUGCAAAAAGGAGGCAAUGCUUUACAUUUAGCUGAAAAAUUAAAAAUAUACAAAGAUCUUUAUGCCAUAAUUGCUUCGAAAUGGGGGCUUAAUUUAGCAUUUUUAAUGCUUUGUUUAUAAAAUGCAAAACAAUAAAAAUAAAUAUCCAAUUCAGAUACAACUUGAAUAUGACCUUGCAAUUACUUUUGAAUGAUUUUCAAAUGUUAUAAAAAUAAAAACACCAAAUCCCCCGAACCAAUUGUCAAAUAUUUCACUUUUUCAUUGCAGCGUGUCCACCGUUUUCAUGUAUGAGUUACAAUAUUUUUUGUCAUGUAUGAUUGUCUACUAAAUUGUCAUUCAAGAGAACACGGUGAAUGUAACUAAAGAUCAUUCUGUUUUACAAUACAGACCAAGUGUCCAUUU